AUGAAGUUCGGCAAGAACAUCUGCAUCCUGAAUGUCGGCGGCACCAAAUACGCGUUCAGUCGGGAUGUGAUUAAGGAUUUCCCUUUGCGCAGAGUGAGCCGGCUGCACAGCUGCUCUUCAGAGAAAGAAGUCCUGGAGGUUUGCGAUGAUUACGAUCGGGAGCGCAAUGAGUUUUUCUUUGACCGGCACUCUGAAGCGUUCGUCUUCAUCAUGCUGUAUGUGCGCUCCGGUAAACUGCGCUUCGUACCGCGGAUGUGCGAGCUGUCCUUCUACAACGAGAUGAUCUACUGGGGGCUUGAGAGUUCGCACCUGGAGUUCUGCUGCCAGAGGCGUCUGGAUGAUCGCAUGUCCGACACCUACACUUAUUUCUCGGAGGAUGACGGGAGAGCUGAUGAGGAAUCACGGACUGGAGAUGAAGAACCCACAGAGAGGGGAUCUGGUAACCAGGGAUGGCUGGAGCGCAUGAGGAGGACGUUCGAGGAACCCGCGUCCUCAGUGGCAGCGCAGAUCCUCGCCUCGGUCUCGGUGAUUUUUGUCAUUAUUUCCAUGGUUAUCCUGUGUGCCAGCACUCUGCCCGACUGGGACACAGCCAAGAACAACACAGCCGAGGAGCACAGGAUCAUUGAAGCAGUUUGUAUCGGCUGGUUCACUGCUGAGUGCAUAGUGCGCUUUAUUGUUUCGCGGGACAAAUGUGAGUUUGUGCGUCGACCCCUGAACAUCAUCGACCUGCUAGCUAUCACUCCUUACUACGUCUCGGCAACCAUGACUGCCCUAACUGGGGAAAACCCACAGCUUCAAAGGGCAGGGGUCACACUGCGGGUACUGCGGAUGAUGCGCAUCUUUUGGCUGAUCAAGCUGGCCCGCCACUUCCUUGGUCUGCAGACACUGGGGCUGACUUUGCGCCGCUGCUAUCGUGAGAUGGUCAUGCUGCUGGUGUUUGUGUUUGUAGCCAUGGCCAUUUUCAGUGCUCUGGCCCAGCUUCUGGAGCAUGGGCUGGAUCUGGAGAGUAGCAACGAGGACUACGCCAGCAUCCCGGCAGCCUGCUGGUGGGUUAUUAUCUCCAUGACCACGGUGGGCUAUGGAGACAUGUAUCCCAUCACGAUGCCGGGUCGCGUGCUGGGUGGCGUGUGUGUUGUGAGUGGCAUUGUGCUUCUGGCUCUCCCAAUUACUUUUAUCUACCACAGCUUUGUGCAGUGCUACCACGAACUCAAAUUCCGCUCAGCACGCUGCGUGCGAAGUCUCUCUGCUGAGUUUCUCAACUGA